GCUUUUUGCCCUGGAGGCGCGCGCGUUGAUAUACUCAGGCGUGCACGUACGUACUGUACGUAUACUCAAUCUCUGUCACACACGAACUGCAUCGCACGCAGGGGAGAUUCAGAGUAAUUCCCCCUCUCCUUGAGUAAACCCAUUUGCCGUUGUGCUUGUCCAAUCACUGGAUGCCCUCGGCUUGUUAAGCGUUUAACUGGACUCACGUCUCUCUUUAGACUACUACGUCCCGGUCUGCUUCGUUCCGGCGCCACGGUUCUCCCAAUUCUUUUCGGACAGAAGUUUUUAUCACGGAGAAGUACUGCUGUUUGAAAUGGCAUUUCGGAGCUUUGGCCGGGACGCACGAAAAAGGGGACUUUUUCGUUCUGCGUAAACAAGGUUUGCAGAGGGAACUUCGGACAAGGGAUCGGGAAAGCUUUAGAGACAUUGGCCUAUUUCUAAAGUAAAAUAUGCAUAACAAGCCGAUAGAUAACCAGACUGCAACGGCCUCGAGAGGCUCGUCUUUUUUCAUCGAAAAUCUGCUUGGCUCGACGAGAACUGAGUCUACCGACAUCGGCAGGGAUUCUAUUGCCGGAGAGAGUGGUGACGCAAGGGUAUGCUCCAGCCAAGUGAUAGCCGACCACGGUAGGCUGGUGAGCGGUCAAGCACCCGCUGGCUACUACGCAGAUCCUCGAGACUCAUCGUUGGAAUGGUAUCGAGAAACGGAUGCCUUGAAGAUGAAACCUCUGGGAAGAUCUAGAAGUCCUAAAGACGAGACCAGGAGCUCAGACGACCAUUGUUGCUCCAUAUCAACCAGCGACAGAGAUUCCCCGGCCGUAUCCGAACCAACAGAUGGGAGCGACGAAACUGACCGUAGAAUUGGCAACAGUAGCCUAACCGACGAUAACGACGAGACGCCAAAUGGUUAUGAUGAGAGGUCGGACCAAGACACCCCGUUGGAUCCGAAUUCGGCAAGGAAAAAGAAGACCAGGACCGUGUUUAGUCGAAGUCAGGUAUUUCAGCUGGAGUCCACAUUCGACGUGAAGCGGUAUCUCAGCAGCUCUGAGAGAGCAGGCCUUGCCACCUCAUUACACCUGACGGAAACACAAGUCAAAAUAUGGUUCCAGAACCGACGGAACAAGUGGAAGAGACAAUUGGCUGCGGACCUCGAGGCCGCCAAUGUUUCCCAUUCGACCCAACUGAUUGUCAGGGUUCCAAUUCUCUACCACGAAAGCUCCACGCCUCCGACUCUGGGCUUCAACGUCAGCAUGCCCCAGAUCUCAUCACCUCUUAUGGGAUUCUCGAAUUCAAUGAAUUACCCACUGUCCUCCUUCGCUCAUUCAAUGAGUAUGCUACGGUCCCAAAUGACCGGCUUCGUAUGAAUUUUAAGAGACAUUGUUCAUAGAUUUUUGUUCAUAUAAUUAUUCUAUUAUCGAAUCGUGCAAUAAAUCAAAUGGCCGCAGUAAAUAGGCUACAUAUCUACUGCACCCAAAGAAAAAAAACUACAUUUGACAUCACAAUAACUAACUGAUUAUUUAUGUAUGUUAAGUUUUCUUCAAAGUAUCUAAUUUACUUGUCACAGCACAGAAUAUAGCCUAGUGUUGUACGCAUGCGGGGGCCAUGGAGGGGCAGGGAAGGCCAACAAUUUUCGAUAUGUUUGAAUA